AUGUCCGACUCAACCCUCUAUCUCUACACCUCGCUCACAGCGGGGUCUUCACACAUCAUCACCGCAACCUCCCGCAUAGAAACUAUCCUCAAGGCGAACAAGCUCUCAUUCCGAGCCAUUGACGUUGCCACAGACGAUGCUGCCCGCAAACUGUGGGGUCGUCGUUCCAAGGGUAAGAAGUUGCCCGGCCUGAUCAAGUACGGCAACAUCCUCGGAGACCUGGAAGAAAUCGAAGAAUGGAACGAGUUCGGCGAGCUGCGCAUGGUUGUAAACAGCGCCCCAGACCUGGAUGGCAUGCCAGCCACCAGCUACCCCAUCGCCGCUCCCGACGCCCCCUCUACUCCAAAGGAGCCUGAACCCAAGACCCCCAAACCCGCUACGAUCAAGAUCCAGUCCCCACCCGCGAAGACCAAGCCCGAGGAGAAGAAGGACAAGACAGCUGUGCUAGCCCUGCGACAAGCCAGCGCCGAAGCUGCAUCCAAGGCAAAGAGCAAGACAGACGAUAAGAAGGACGCGACUGUGAAGCCCGAGGCUGAAAAGGAGGCGGAUUCGACCAGUCCCACCACCAAGCAGCGCAAGGGCUCCGUCGUGCCCGAGAUGCCCGAUACUGCACCCGACUCACCUACGGGCGCUAAGCGUCCUCCUCUCGUCCCUGAAGUUGCGGCCGUGUCAUCUGCAAACUUCCGUGCCGAAAACGCUGAAAUUCUCGGUCUUGUGGGACACCAUCGCGGGUCGAUCAUCUCGGAGACAGACAAGGAGGAACAUGAUAAGGUCGUGCGUGAGAUUCGGUCCUCUGUCUCUGGGGAAGAUACAUCUGGGUCGGUAGAGGAGCUGCGGAAGGAGGCUGCGCAGAAGACGCGACCGAGUGAGACGAUUGAAGAGAGCCCUGUUGUGGAGGAUGCUGACACUACAAAGGCUGUGGCCGAGGUUGAGGCAAAGGAGAAGCAAGAGGAGGGUGCUGCUGAGAAGCACAAUGAAGAGGAGAGUGCUGAUGAGACCAAGGCGAAGGAGAAGAGUGUCACUGAGACCAAGGAGGGCGAGACCGAGACAAAUGCUGCUGUUGCCCCUGCGGACCCCGCGGCUGCGGAGAGCGCGGAGAGCACGGAAACUACGUCAGCGAUCGAGUGA